GCCCAUUUCACCCAGCAUGUUUACUACUUUCUAGGUGGCCUGCAUUGCUGACAGAUGGCAGACUUCUCAAUAUUCCCAGUGUUUCUGAAGCAAUGGUGCAGCAGCAUCUUCUUCAUCCAUCUUCUCCUCUUCCACCAGUUGCGGGAGGUGGACUCAGAGGAGGUCAAGGUGUUGGGUCCUGGAGAGUCCAUGUUGGCCUUUGUCGGGGAAAUGGUGGAGUUCCCGUGCCACUUGUCGCCAUACCAGGAUGCAGAGCACAUGGAGAUCCGCUGGUUCCGGACCCAGGUCUCAAACGUGGUGUACCUGUACCAGGGACAGCAGGGCCUCUCCAGCCCGCAGAUGAUGCAAUUUCGCAACAGGACCAUUUUCAAAGCUAAUGGCAUUGCAGAUGGCAGCGUGACCCUACAUAUCCUCAACGUGGCUCCCUCUGACGAGGGACGAUAUGGGUGCCGCUUUCUUUCUCCCAACUUCUCUGGUGAAGCCAUGUGGGAGCUGGAAGUAGCAGGAUUGGGCUCAGUCCCACACUUCUCCCUUGAGGGCUUCAAUGAAGGAGGCAUUCAGCUGCGAUGCAGUUCCAGUGGGUGGUAUCCCAAGCCAAAGGUUCAGUGGAGAGACCACCAGGGGCAGUGCCUUCCUCCAGAGUCUGAAGCCAUCAUCCAGAACGCCCAGGGCCUAUUCAGUCUGGACACAUCUGUGAUUGUCCGAGGAGGGGCUUAUAGCAAUGUGUCUUUCUCAAUCCAGAACCCCUUGCUGGCCCAGAAGAAAGAGUUUGCGCUUCAGGUUGCAGACGUAUUCCUACCCAGAACGUCCCCUUGGAAGAAAGCAUUCCUGGGAACACUGGUGGCUCUCCCACUCAGUCUGGCUGUGCUCACCAUCCUGGCACUGCAGUACUUUUACAAGCAGCGAUGCUCCCAAGGAAGACUGGCUGCACGGUUGGAGUGGAGAGCAGCCCAGCAGUAUGCAGUGGACGUGACCUUGGAUCCCAUCACAGCGCACCCUAGCCUGGAGGUCUCUGACGACCUCAAGAGCGUGUCCUCCCGAGCCGAGGCACCCAGUUUCGCGGCCCACCGCCCGCAGCGGUUCUUGGAGCAGACGUGCGUGCUGAGCCGGGAGCGCUUCUGCAGCGGCCGCCACUACUGGGAGGUGCACGUAGGCCGGCGCAGCCGCUGGUUCCUGGGCGCCUGUCUGGAGUCGGUGGAGCGCUUGGGCCCGGCACGCCUGAGCCCCGCGGCCGGCUACUGGGUGAUGGGGCUGUGGAACAGCUGCGAGUACUUCGUGUUGGACCCGCAGCGAGUGGCGCUGGCACUACGUGUGCCUCCCCGAAGGGUGGGCGUCCUGCUGGACUAUGAGGCGGGGAAGCUGUCCUUCUUCAACGCGUCUGAUGGCACGCACAUCUUCACCUUCACCGACACUUUCUCGGGGGCACUCUGCGCCUACUUCAGGCCCCGAGCCCACGAUGGCAGCGAACACCCAGAUCCUCUAAGCAUCUGCUCUUUGCCGGUUCGAGGGCCACAUGUCAUCGAAGAGAACGACAGUGACCACUGGCUACAGCCCUAUGAACCCUUGGACCCCGACGGGACCGGUGAUGAGGCGCUGUGGUGACCUCAAGGCCAGGUCCAAGGAGAGUUCUGAACUCCUGGACAGCGCUUUGCUCCCCUGCUGCCAAAGCACACAGGUUCACACAGCAGGACAAGAAGACUUCGGCAUACACAAUUUUGUAUAUAUGACUAUCUUUAAAGAAAGCGGGAAAAUGAGAGAUCGUUUGUGUAUAAGCAGGAUUCUGGAGUGUGCACUGUGGAGUGGGAGAGAAGUCAGAAGUAUCUGCUAAUUUGUGUACAGUUCUUUGUUUUUGCAUAAUUUUGUAUAUUCUGUAAAAGUCCAGAAUAAUGACAUUUCAUAAACAAUGAGUUCA